GCCUACCUGAUUGGAUGAGAAAGCUUUCUGUUUUGGUUGCGUGCCAGUAGUCGUCUGGAAGGGGAGGGGUGCUGUAUGACUUCCGGUUUAGGCUGAAAUUGACACACAAUGAGGAGCAGGGAAUAACCUCGCGAAACGCCGCUGUAAAUAAAUAACGUUAGAAGAAUCACUGAAGCCACAGAAUCAUGGAGAAUCAGUGCACAGUCCAGGUGAAGCUGGAGCUAGGACAUCGAGCCCAGCUGAGGAAGAAAGUAACCUCGGAGGGCUUCACCCAUGACUGGAUGGUGUUUGUGCGAGGGCCUGAGACGGGGGACAUACAACACUUUGUGGAGAAGGUCGUCUUCAGGCUGCACGAGAGCUUCCCCAAACCCAAGAGAGUAUGCAAGGAGCCACCAUAUAAAGUGGAGGAGUCGGGCUAUGCAGGUUUCCUCAUGCCCAUCGAGGUCUACUUCAAGAACAAGGAGGAGCCCAAGAAGGUGUGCUUCAACUAUGACCUCUUCCUGAACCUGGAGGGGAACCCCCCUGUCAAUCACCUGCGCUGUGAGAAGCUCACCUUUAACAAUCCCACCCGGGAGUUCAGGCGCAAGCUGGUCAAGGCUGGAGGGGUCAUGGUGGUGCCAGAAGGGGCAGAGGCGGUGUCGAGGCCCAGUCCAGACUACCCCAUGCUCCCCACCAUCCCACUGUCUGCCUUCUCAGACCCCAAGAAGACAAAGACCUCCCAUGGAUCAAAGGAGCCCAGUAAAGAGGGCAGUGGAGGCAGCAAUAAAGGGCCCAAGCCCCACAAGCUGACCAAGGAGCACCGCGAACGCCCCCGUAAAGACUCUGAGAGCAAGGCGGGGUCCAAGGGUGACAGCGACCGCGACGGGGGAGGAGGGGGCAGCAGCAAGAGCGCCCGCGAGCCCUCCUCUUCCUCGUCCAAGAAGCCAGCAGAGAUCAAAGUCAAAGAUGAGGGCAAGGUCCUUCCCAAGGCUGCCUUCAAAGAGCCCAAACUCACCCUGAAGGAGGCCAAGAUGGAGGGCAUGUCCCCCAAAGGAGGGGGGGGGAGGGGGUGGUGGGGAGGAGGAGGGGGCCCGCUGGAGUCCAAAGGCCCCGGGAAGCGGCCCUCCACUGUGGAGUCUCCCAAACCCAGUGCCAAGAAGCAGAAGAAGAGCAGCUCAGAGGGGUCUAAAGGGGCAGCUGCAGGGCCCUUCACCGGAGCCUCUCCCAGGGUCUCCUCAUCGUCUGCAGCCGCCCCUGGCUACCCAGAGAAGAAACCCCCCAAGGAGAAGGGUCGUUGGCCCAAGGGCAGCAAGCCCGACACUCAGGAGGUCAAGGAGCCCAAGAAGCUGCCUGAGUCUGACGACUCCAACUCUGAGGAUGAAGCCUCAUCCAAAUCAGAGCAGUCAGCCCCCUCCAGUCCCUCUAACUCAAGCUCCAGCUCUGAUUCCAGCUCAGAAUCUGACUUUGAGCCUGGACAGAAACAAGGCCAAGGCCCACUGCGCUCUAUGGUGGAGGACCUACAGUCAGAGGAGUCAGAUGACGACAGCAGCUCUGAGGAAGGGACGCCUGUCAAGACCAACCCGCCCAACCGUGACUCACGACUGAGCCUGGACAGUGAGAGUGACAGCAGUGACGGCUCGCACCGCCCCAGUCGAGACCCGGUGCCACCUCCACAGAAACACAGCUCCUCCAAUAACAAGGUCUUGGGCAGGAAGAGCCCAGACAUCUGCAGCCGCCCAGAGAAGGUGCUGAAGAAAGGAUACGAGAAGGCCUACACAGAGGAGCUGGUGGAUCUCCACCGCAGACUGAUGGCUCUGAGGGAGCGCAACGUCCUACAGCAGAUAGUGAAUCUUAUUGAGGAGACGGGGCACUUCAACGUGACCAACACCACCUUUGACUUUGACCUGUUCUCUCUGGACGAGACGACCGUCCGCAAACUACAGAGCUACCUGGAGGACACAGCAACGUGACAGCAAGCCCGUAGCGCAGUCCCUGGACCCCCACUGGGGGGGAGUAGUAACAGAAGCUACAGCCACACACCAGACAGAGCUAAACCACAGAACAACAACAGAACACACACUUUCACUUGUCGCUGGAGAAGAACAGAGGAACAGGGUGAGGGGAGGAGAGAGGUCAGAGUAAGAGAGAGCAGCUAUGCCACUGUCCCUCUAACCUGGACUGGACUGGAGGACAGGACUAGGAGCUGGCCUGUCUGGACUGGAUCUGGCAGGAGACGUAUUAUAUAUGCUUCUUGUGGAGAACAGCACAGCAGCCUGUGUGCAGAACUGUGGAAUGCGACCACUCUACUCUCCCUCCCCCUCCUGCCCUCCCCCCUCACUUCUAGCCUUUGCAAACCCAAUACUUCCCCCCUCUAUCUCCUCCCUCCCCACUCACACUCCCUUAGUCGACACAACACUCCUCCCCUCCUCUCAGCUGGAGUUCAUUUCUCUGUAGGAAUUUUUCGGUCUAGGUGAGUGUGUGUCUCGGUGGGUGAGUGUGUGUGUCUCGGUGGGUGAGUGUGUGUGUGUCUCGGUGGGUGAGUGUGUGUGUCUCGGUGGGUGUGUGUGUGUGUCUGGGUGGGUGAGUGUGU